UGAGAUUGAAGACAGAAUACAGCUCGUGGCGGCGGUGAUCAAAAACGGAACGGAAAGAAGGGCCAGAAGUGUUGAAAGGCGUUCGUUCAUAAAAAGAAAAACAAUUAUGCCCCAUUAGUGCGGAGAAUCAAGACAGGACGACAAAACAAAUGAAAAUCAAAUAAAAGUUAACAACUUUGCAAAAGAAUCGGAAAGAACAAGAAAAACGUUUAAAUAACAUAAAUUGCGCUUUGCAACAACAGCAAUAACAACAAAGUGCAACAUAAUCUAACCUACCUAACAAUACAGGAAAAAAGGAGUCCAAAGGAGCCUCCUUUAACGUGGAGCAACACAGCCAGCAAAACAAACAAAACCCAAGCCGUUGCAAGGAUAAACUCUUCAUUUCGAACGGAAGGAAGUGUUAAAAGUUAAAAAGGCGUUUCCUGUUCAAAGUUAUUUCCUGCGGUGCACUUUUUUUUUUGAAAUCACUGAUGUUUGCUAGCCCUCCUCGGUUCCACACAAAAACCACAAUUUGAGGUUUUAAUAAAACGCAAAGCAAUAUUGCCCACCUAGCCCUCCCCCCCUUUAAGAACACACAAAUACUAGAAAUUGCCCAGGAACUUUGCAAAUAGCUCUCCCUCUCCCUUGGAGCCUUUGAGGCUUACUUCGUGUGAGUGUGUCAAAAUGAAAUCAGAACCCCUGGCAUCGGAUAUUUUCAGUCAUACGUUUACACCGCGUCAUUCGUCAAAGAACGUUCAGCGCGACCUGAACCCAACAACGGAUUUGUCGAAACACGCGAAUUUCGAAUCGUGGCAACGCCAAUCGUCGGUUAAUCGUCGACGCCGUGAUUCGUUGGCUUUGUCGGACAAGGAAAGUGUUUGCAGCAUCAGCACAACACGUUCGAAGAAGUUUAAAACGAGAAUCAAUUCCAUGAAACCCUUGAAAGGUGGCGGCAUCAACAAGAAGACAAAGACCAUGGAUUACACCAAUUACGCCUACAACGAAGCGGUGGGGCGCUUGAAGCUAAUGUUGGCCUCUGAAUCAUAUUCACCAUCGAAGACGGCCAGCAGUUCGUAUCUGAGGAAUAUAAAUGAUGAUUCGGCGGAUAAUUAUUCGGAUAAUAUGUCGACCAUUGAUCGUCCUGUGUAUGCCGAUAUUUCCAAAUAUCUCUCACCCAGUCAAAAAAAUCGCUUGGGCGCCACGAUUACCACUGCAAGUUAUCGUCCAAAGAAGACACUCAGCGGUUUUAGUUCAGCAUCCAAAGAGAAUUUGGCCAUGCCAUCGUCGCUUUAUCAGCCGGCAACACAACCCAUUACCACGGCUCUGGCAAAUCCUUCCACAGCCACCAUAGAUUACUACAGCUCAGUGGGAGCCUCUAAGCCUCUUCACACCACUCCACCCACUGACAGUGUUCAGGCUCCGGUGGAGAUUUUCAAUUUUAUUGAAAAACAAGAGGACUAUAUUGAGCAGCUGGAAAAGGAAUCGAAAUAUUGUCGCAAUGAGCUGACCAAUCUGCUGGGCAAGGUCAAGGAUGUCAUCAAUGAAAAUGAACAGCUGACGGAUAUUGCCCGUUCAGAGCUGGGUAAUCUGGGUAAGGGGAAUGGGGAUAAAUCUACCACCAGUCCCUCAUCAGAUUCCGAUGAUGUCUAUGGCAAAUCCAAGGCAGUGGCUAAUCGCAACAAAAAGGAAGUGAAAAGCCCCAGAUAUGCAGCAGCUCCCAACAUUGUCUAUGAGGCACGUAUUAGCGAACUGGAGGCUGAUCUUAUGCAGGCCCAAAUCGAUUUGAAGCGUGUCAAAACGGAAAAUGAGGAUUUGAAAAAGAAAUUGGCUCGAUCCGACCCAUUGGCCGUGGUAAGUGUGUCCAAUGCAGGGCAAAAUUGUGAAAUACAUCGCAAACAAAUUGAGAUGUUACAAAAGGACAAGUCGUCGUUGGAGGAAAACAUUCGCCAUUUGCAAAAGUCUCUCGACGAAGCCAAGUCCCAGCAAUACUCUCAAAAUUCCCAGAAACGUUACAUCAAUGAUUUGGUACAAAUGGAAAGGUCCCAGGCUGAGAUGGAGGUACGCCAUCUACGCGAUGAACUCGAUCGCCAACACGAAAGGGUGCGAGAGUUGCAAAUGGAAAUGGCACGUCGUGUGGCCGAAGAACGUUCCAAUGCCGAACGACGUUAUAACAAUCAAGUUGACCAGCUAGGAGGUGAUUUGAGCAGCCAAUGGGAACAGGUGGCCAAACUGCAGUUGGACUUGGAGCGACAAAAACGCAUCGAGGGCGAUAUGAAACGUGAUCUGGCCAAUCGUAAUUCUCAAAUCGAGGAAUUGAAAAUGGAAUUGCGUUCGAAUCGUUCCACCUUCCUGGCCGACAUGGCUCAGGUCAAUGCCGAGAAACAAUCUUUGGAGCAGGAGAUAACAGCUCUUCGAUUGCAGCUAGAUCGGGCAUUGAGAGAAAAUAAAACCGAGGCGGCCCGAUUGAAUGCUGAGAUCAACUCGCUGCGUCAACGUCUGGAUCGAGCCGAUGCCGAUUUGUUGCACUCGAAGAGGGAAGUGUUGCGUUUGAAUGACGAGAUUGCCAGUUUGGAGAAGGAGUUGGCCUAUGGAGAGAUGAAAAAUGAAAUACGCCCCACCAAAAAAGAUUUGGAUAAACGCAUUUCCGAAAUGCAAGAAAAGCAUGACUUGAGUUUGGAGACAAACAGCCAGCCAGCCCCUGCCGAUCCUCAACAAAAAGAAUUCUUAAACGUAGAAAUGAGGGAAACCUACGACAAUGUUGGACAAAUGACUGUGGAAAUAGAGGAGGUGAAGCAAGAGGAAAUGCCAAAACCAUUGGAGAAGCCAACAUCGGCGGCACCGGAAAAGGCGGAAAACGCAAACGUGUACACUUCUCGCUUUGAUGAUGAGAAUAUCUGGCAAAAUAUAUCGCGUAGUAUAGAACGUUUAGAUUUGGAUUGGGCCAAGAUGCCGCCAUUGCCAAAAUUAACACCAACCACGAGUGGCUUCGGCCAAAAAGCCCGGCAAAAUGAAAACAAGUGUCACUGCUCGCCGUCGAGAUUUUCGUUGUCGAAUCAAAAGGAAUAUGAAACGGGGAAGAAAUCGAGCAUAAAUCCCAUUUUGGGAGAUUUCAAGCGAUAUGGCAAUCCCAUAACGGCCACAGCCUAUUCCAAGCUCCACAAAAAUACACAACAUCACCAUACCAAACACCCGACACUCUUACCACAACCACUUAAGCCAAACAGCCAAGAUAGCGGUGGUGGUGGUGCCUAUCAUCAUCAGCAGCACAAUUGUAGACAUGAUUACACCCUAGACAUGCACCCUCCCAUGGAGGCAGAGAUUUCAUAUUCCACCAUGCAUGGUGGUCACACGCAAGAGCGGGAGAGAUCUCAACAUUUUAGCGGGGACAAACACCAACACACCAUUCCCACCACCACCACCACCACCACCACAUGUGAUAUUCCACCACACCUCCACCACUCACACACAAAAGUAGAGACCACAACCUCGGUGAAAACUGAGGAUCAUUGCAACCCUAGACUAAGUGGGCAUAGCCCCAGGCGCAAAUGUCACAAUCAUCAUCAUCGACAUCAUCAGCACCACAGCCACAGUGGCCAUAGCAGGUGCCACUCUCACGAUCGUGGCAUCGAUGGCUUAAAAUAUGAGGCCAGCAAAACGGAGCCGUUGCCUUGGUUGCAACAGCAUUUGGUUUUAAGGCAAACCAUUAAAUCCUGCCACAAAUGUCAGACUACGGAUCAUAGUCAUGUGACCAUGGAAACUGAGCGCAGUGGCAGGCCAGCAACAGCUGAUGGCCAUCAAGUGCAGGUGACAACAUGUUGUCAUACCAAACAUGUUAUACAGACAUGUUGCAACAAUGCAGAAUGUCUCAAGGGGUUGAUGCCAGCAUCUGGCAAAAGAGAGGAACAAAAUAAGGCUGUUAAUACGGAGGGACUCUUUAAAGGCGAAGAGAAGAAGGAAGAGAAACCGAAAGCGAAACCCUUUAAAGUUGAUGUCAAUGUUAGACUGGUGCCAAAGACCUCUACACGUACCAAGGAAACUGAGAAGCCUGAAGAGGAUGUAAAAAUCCCAGCAACAUCAGGGAGUAAGGAGCAACAACCCCCGGCUGCUGCGGAGCCAACAACCACCACAACAACAACAACUCCAGGCACGGAUGACAAUGAGUUGUAUUUGGAUUUUGAAAAUUCCGAUACAGAGGCCACCAAACUAUAAGAUUACAAAUGAAAAAAUCGAACACACAUGGUUUGGAAAAGCAACAUUUACGUGAUAUGAAUUCAAAACUCAUGGAUCGUUUGAAACAGAUCUGGGCCAGUUAUAAAGAUCUCAAUAAUACACUGCAAAAUUAUCGCCAGCAGAAAUCAGAUUCAAACAGUGAU